ACCUUUUCUCAGAUCACAAAUCACCGGCUGACCCUGUCCGUCAGGCUUGAACGAUUGUUCGACCAUGCUCAGUCGCUCGUCGUUGGUUGCAGGCGUAAUAGCGAUUACCGGCUACUAUGGGCUUCGGCUCUAUUCGUCAACAUCCCUAUCUUAUACAGCCAAGAUCAAGACUACAAAUCAAGUUCCCAACGGCUUUGCGCAGUCAUUCGCAGUGUCCGCCGUAAACCCUCACCGCCACAUAACCAUCGACGACACACGGUCAACACUCGUCUCGGUUUCGCACAAACUCUCCCAUGAGCAAAUCUUAGCAAAGUUCCUGGCAGGAUUCUUUAAUGGUAACGUGUUUGCGCCAGAACGAACGGCGUUGCGACUUGUAAGGCGCCAACUUGUCAACUUCAAGGAGUUGGCAGAUAAACCUAUUUCAACCCAGAUGUGGGCAACUGGUGAUAUUGACGAAGCCCGACUACCCCCCCUUCACUCGAUAAUCUUCGGCGCUUUCCGAAUUGUCGAUAUCAAGUGUUCGAAUUGCUCUGAGAAGUAUGUGCAGCACUCAGAAGCAAAGUACAGCUACAUUGACAUUGCCUUCGGAGGGGAUGAUAGUUUCAUCGCAGGUGUGCACCGCUUCUCAGUGUCGGAAUCUGAAGGUUCAGCAAGCAUCGAGGGCAAGAGACCUGUUACCAUUUCUUUUAACCAUAUAAGUUGUAAUCCCAAGGAGGAUAAGCCAUUAGGGCCCGACGUUUUGCAGACCCUUCAUCUUUGGUAUGCGAUGUUGCUAUUCAGGGAGGGAAUUGUGUCUGUUCUAAAGGCAGAGUAAGAGCCUACUGUGCGUAUAGCUAUAGCAGAUUUCAUUGGGGUAAUAAUUAUCCAAUCCUUCAUCUACUUAGCGUUCUGUACAAGGUUAUCUUAACUAGUCUUCAAUAUUCUUGAUAUAAGCACUCUACUUUUAUAA